CUGAAAGGUCAGGCUGUAGAUAGGAGAGGUAAACUGGAAGAGUCAUUCAAGAUGCAUCGCUUUUUGGCUGACUGGAGAGACUUGAGUAUCUGGAUGAAUGAAAUGAAGACGUUAAUAUCGGCGGAUGAUUUGGCAAAGGAUAAAGCCGGUGCUGAAGCCCAAGUAGAGCUACAUAAGGAAUACACCGCUGAGAUAAAUUCUCGAGCUGACAGUUUGGAUACAUGCAUGCAAGAAGGUCAGGCAUUACUAAGUGUUGGCCAUCCCUGUAAUGGAGACAUAGCUGCUAAACUUUCCACCCUUGAAAGAGAGAGAGCCUCCCUGAUGCAGUUGUGUGAGGAAAGACGUGAACAGCUAGAACAGUGUAUGGGCCUUCAGUAUUUUUACCGCGACGCUGAACAGUCGGAAUCUUGGAUUGGUAAGCAAGAGGCCCUCUUAGAAACAAAAGAUGUGGGAGGCUCACUCAAUUCUGUGGAAGCACUCAUAAGGAAACAUGAAGACUUCGAAAAGUCACUUUUAGCACAAGAAGAAAAGAUGCGGCAACUUGAUGAAUUCGCUGCAAACUUAAUCGAAUCAAACCACUAUGCGGCUGCACAGGUUCAUGAGAUUCAGGAAGGUCUCCAAAAUAGACGAAAUGCAUUAAAGGAGAAAGCUCAGAACCGCCGUCAGCGUCUUGAAGAUUACCACCGCUACCAAAUGUUCGAUAGAGAUGCAGAUGAAAUGCAGUCAUGGAUAUCAAGAAAACUUGAAAACGCACUUGAUGAAAGUUACAAAGACUCCACGAAUUUGCAAACAAAUAUGCAGAAGCACCAGAAUUUUGAGGCGGAAAUACAAGCGAACCAAUCCCGCGUUGAAGAUAUUAAAAAGACAGGUCAGGAUUUGUUAAAUGCAGACCACUGCAACUCGCCAGAAAUAAAAGUAAAGAUUGAACAGUUGGAUGAAACUUGGUCUCAUCUCGUAAAUGUCAUGGGAGACAAGAAGAAAAAUUUAGAUCAAGCAAGUAGGUAACAACAGUUCGCUCGCAACGUAGAAGAUGUCGAGUUAUGGUUGAAUGAUGUUGAAGCUCAUAUAGCCUCAGAGGAUGUCGGUCGUGAUCUAAACGGUGUGAUGAAGGCACAAAAGCGGC